AUGCCCAAGUGCUGGAAGUGUGAUUCUACGGCUUCUGUGAAGAGAUCAAGUGAUGGGAAUCCGGCAUGCGUCACCUGUUUCACUGAGGCUUUCGAAUCGGAGGUACACGACGUUAUUGUUAGAGAAAAUUUAUUUCGAAGUGGUAAAAAAAUUGCUAUUGGAGCAUCAGGUGGCAAAGAUUCUACAGUCCUGGCUUGUGUGUUAAAUAAAUUGAAUAAGAAGCAUGGUUAUGGAUUGGAUAUCGUGCUCGUCUCCAUCGAUGAAGGAAUUGAGGGUUAUAGGGAUGACUCACUGGAAGUUGUCGAAAGCAAUAAAAUUGAUUAUGACAUGCCGCUAAGGAUAUUGAAUUACAAAGAUCUCUAUGGCUGGACGAUGGAUGAUGUUGUGAAAAAAAUUGGUACCAAAAAUAAUUGCACAUUUUGUGGUGAGAUACACGACGUUAUUGUUAGAGAAGAUUUAUUUCGAAGUGGUAAAAAAAUUGCUAUUGGAGCAUCAGGUGGCAAAGAUUCCACGGUCUUGGCUUGUGUACUAAAUAAAUUGAAUAAGAAGCAUGGUUAUGGAUUGGAUAUCGUGCUCGUCUCCAUCGAUGAAGGAAUUGAGGGUUAUAGGGACGAUUCACUGGAAGUUGUCGAAAGCAAUAAAAUUGAUUAUGGUAUGCCGCUAAGGAUAUUGAAUUACAAAGAUCUCUAUGGCUGGACGAUGGAUGAUGUUGUGAAAAAAAUUGGUACCAAAAAUAAUUGCACAUUUUGUGGUGUUUUUCGCAGGCGUGCUUUGGAUCGAGGAGCAGCUUUGUGUGGAGCUGAUAUGAUUGCAACGGGACACAACGCUGAUGAUAUGGCUGAGACAGUGCUGCUGAAUGUUCUGCGAGGCGAUAUUGCACGAUUGCAACGAUGUGCAGCGGGUUCCAUGCCUCGAGUCAAACCGUUGAAAUAUACCUUCGAGAAAGAUAUUGUAUUAUAUGCGCAUUUCAAUAAGCUGCGUUAUUUUUCAACCGAAUGCCGAUAUGCCCGUGAUUCAUUUCGUAGUUACAUAAGAACCUAUGUGAAGGAGCUGGAACGAAUACGGCCAAAAGCGAUUCUUGAUUUGAUCCGAUCCGGUGAAUCGAUCCAUGCUUGUCUUUUGCUGCAAGGUCUCAACACAAACAAUCAUAAAUUGGGCGUAAAUUCGGUGAGUUUUUCUUUUUUUUAUUGA